CGGGAAGUAACAUUGAGAUCUGCAUUGCGGUGACCGUGUGGGGUUGCAGCCGUACGUAUCCCAUUACAGCACACCUUUGAGGACUUCCUGAGAUAUGGACGAAAAUGAGCCUUCUAGCGAUUAUGAGGAGUAUACGUCCGAGACGGGCGGGACAUCGACAGAGGACACCAGCUCUGGCUCAGAGAGCACCGAUUAUGAGACGGCGGAUGCUGCAUCGACCAGUAGCACAGGAAGGCGCGCUGGCCAGAACAAUCUGGAUAAACCUGAAGCAUUUAUCGGAUAUGACGAAAUGGUUACUGGUACUGCGUGUACCCGUCAGAACAAUCCAAGCGCACGGUUGCGUCCGGGUCACUACGACUCUAACCCUCGUGCAAAUCAUGCAAACAAGGUGACUGUAAGUGCAAACGGCGUAGCCACGCAGCUAUCGUCCAUGCACUUUGAUUCACUCAUUCAGCAAAACCCAGACACACACAGUUCAGAUCUCCCAGAGGUCGUUGAGCUACAAAGAGGUAAGCUGAGCAAAUAUAAUCAGCUGGCACACUCAAGUACUCCGAUGUGUAAAAUUAAAGAAGAAACGAGUGGCAAUGCCUCGCUUUCGCUCAACGAGUGUAGUCUUCCGGGGAUGGGAUCCGGCACGGCUGUCGUUAAAAAGCAGCGUAAGCACCACACUGAUGCAUUUUCGAGCCUCGGUGAUGACAUGGCGAACUUAACAGACCGCGGAGAAGCCAAGAAGAUAACCGGCGUGGACUGCGCAGAAGUCGAUGCUGACGCAAGAAAAUAUAGAGGCCAGCCAGUGGUGGACUGUGGAAAUGAUCAGCAUUCAUUGAAAGAGGCAGAAGCAAGAGAAAAUCUGGCUGUGAUUGAUGGUGCCAAGUCGGCGUCACGUCGGGCGCUGAAGGCGGCCGGCAGGCGGCGCGCCUCCGCCAGGGCGGCGCCACCGGUUCGGUUCGAGGUGGAGCUGCAGUCGAACUGGGGCAGCGAGGAGCGGGUGGGGCUGUCACAAUUCUGCUUCUUGGACGGUCACGGCAGGAAAGUGCAGGUGGCGGCGCAACGUGACCUGGUGUCCGUGACGGGGGUCAGUGACCUGGCGAGCACGAGGACCGUAUCGAAGCUGUUCGGUACCAGCGAUCAGGUGGGCGGCAGCGGCUGGACGUGCCCGUUCAACUCCUCGCCCGUGUCGCUGAAGCUUCUGCUGUACCCGACUGACGGGAAGAUCAGCGCAGUGAAAGUUCGGAACUACGGCAGCAGCGUCCGAGAGCAAGGCAUCGGCGUACGUGACAUUCAGUUGCGUAUGGAUGGCAGGCUGGUAUACAAUGGUGAGCUGCGUAAGGGUAAUAGCCAGCCAUCGGUGAUCAAGGUAGCCUCACCUGGCUGCCAGCCAGAAAGAAGGGUUCAAUCCGCGCGAGAGAAGUCCUCCCUCUGGUUCCCCGGCGGCGACAACAGACUCAUCGAGCUAUCCAGCGAAGAAGAGGAUGAAGAGUGUCCCACACCGAACCCUCCCACCCAAGCCACGAACGCUGAAGCAACGCCGGGUGCUUGCCCCGCACCGCUGUGGUUCGGCGGUUGGUCCAGGCCGAGCCGCACGCCGGACUCGGCCGGGUCCCGCAGCGCCGAGUCGGUGGUGAUCCAGGACCUGGAGAACGCCAGCCCCUGGGCCUCCCAGCGCCCGGAGUCGACGCUCACCGGCAGCGGCUCGGUGGCCUCCUCGCCGAGCGGCUCGGACGCCAGCUCGCCACAGCGCAGUGUUGACACGUCGCUGGAGGAGAGCUGGAGCCAGCUGGAAGCUUUCAACCUGCAGCAGCGCGGCCGUCUGGUCAACAGUGCGUUGGACGACGCCGCGUCCUGGACGGCCUGCUCGUCACGUGAGGCCACGCCCACGCCGGGGGUGAUGACGCCGCUGUCGGUCGUCGAGUGCACCGAUGACGCCUUCGCUGGGUGUGACUGUGACAUACCAGAGCUACCCGAGUGCCAAUGGCUGACGCUGAACAUCAGGUCCACGUGGGGCGACAUCCACUACGUGGGCCUGAACGGAAUUGAGGUGUUCGACACCGACGGCCAGCCGGUCGAGGUGGUCUCGAUCCGCGCCGAGCCUGCCGACAUCAACGUGCUGCCCGAGUAUAAUCGCGACCCGCGCGUCGUGACCAACCUGGUGGACGGCGUGAACCGCACGCGCGACGACAUGCACCUUUGGCUGGCGCCGUUCACGCCCGGCGGCGACCACCUGAUCGGCCUGGACGGGCGGCCGCCCUUCUGCGUGGAGGUGGCACGUGCGUGCGGCGACACGCUGGGAGGCACGGAGGCGUUCGGCGACACGAUCCUCUUCACCACCGACGACGCCGUGCUGGAGCGCGUGUCGCGACACGACGCGUCGUUCGCCGCCGAGCCGGCCGAGGCGCCCGAACGGUGGCGCCUGCGCGUCUGGAACUACAACAGCUGCGCCGAGGAGGCCGACCAGGGCGCGCGCACUUGCCUUCUGGAGGUGGACGGGCGCCGCGAGUACGAGGCCCCGGAGAUGCCGCGCGGCUUCGUCUUCCAGCUGCAGCUCAACUCCAGCUGGGGUGACCCCUACUACAUCGGCCUGACGGGGCUGCAGCUGUUCGACCAGGCCGGCCGGCCAAUCACGCUCGCGGCGCGGCAGGUAGCCGCCCACCCGGACAGCGUGAACGUGCUGGAGAACAUCAGCCACGACGUGCGCACUCCCGACAAGCUGGUGGACGGCGUGACGGACGGUCAAGAUGGCCGCCACUCGUGGCUGGCGCCGCUGCUGCCCGACUGUCUCAACCGCGUCUACGUCGUUUUCGACCGGCCGCACACCGUGUCCAUGGUGAAGCUGUGGAACUACGCCAAGACGCCGAGCCGCGGAGUACGCGAAUUCGGUCUGCUCGUCGACGAUCUGGUGGUAUACAACGGCGUGCUGGGACGCGCGCCCGAGCCGGCGCGCGCCGGCGGCCGCGGGCAGCCCCUGCCCUACCACACGGUGCUGUUCACGGCCAACCGGGACCUGGUGCGGCGCGAGCGGCACUCGCUGUGCGGCGCCGCGCUCGACCACCACCACGUGCGGCUGCUGAACAACAUGCGGCGGCCGGCGGACGAGUUCUGA